AUGAAAUCACAAACCAUUACCCUCUUCUUAGCUCUCAUUAUUGGAUUUUCAGCUGCACAAAAGUCUCACUUCGUAGCUGACUUUACUAAGUACUAAGAUCAAGCUAUGCAAGUCUAGGCUAAGAUUGGAGAUGACAUUCAUGUCAAGGUACCUGCUAAUCCAACCACUGGUUACUCUUGGAUGGUUGCUUCAAAUCUCUAAUCAUUCACUGGAAUCAACACUGUUUCAAAUAACUAUGUUUCACCUCAGCAAUCAAAUGGAGUAGCCGCCCAAGGUAAAGGUGGUGUUAACGUUAUGAGAUUCGGAAUCACUUCAACUGGAGAUAAAUAAAUCGAGUUGGUCUAUGCUAAGUCAUGGGAAGCCAACAAGUUCGCAGAUGCUAAUGGUCAAAUUAACUGGACUGCUUUCUUCAAUGACGGUAGAUUCGAUUACCAAAGAAAGUCAAUUAUAGUUUCUGCAACUAACUGA